ACACUGCCAUACCUCACCUGGACCAACACAAAACACACACAUUCAAGACAUGGGGCUCAGAAGGGCAUGGACCAAAAUACCUGGCAGUGGUUCAUAUAGGGGCUAAGUGAGCUGAAGGAUGAAAUCUCUGAUUUUGCUGAUGUGCCUUCUGGGACUAUGUCUAUGGCCUACCACCCUCUCCCUGAAAAUAUGCGCCUUCAAUAUUCAGUCGUUUGGGGAAGCAAAAGCCAGCAACGAAAAGGUCAUGGAUAUUUUGGUCAAGAUUAUUGCUCGCUGUGACCUGUGUUUGAUUCAGGAGGUUCGAGAUUCCAAAGGUGAAGCCAUACCCACACUGGUGAAAAAACUGAACAGAUUUGACAAAUCUCAUUCAUAUGCUCAUUUAGAGAGCAAAAGACUGGGAAAGAAGACCUACAAGGAACAAUAUGUUUACAUAUACCGUAAAGACGUUCUGGAGGUGAGAGACCACUAUUAUCUGCAUGAGGGAGAGUCCAAUCGCACCAAACUCUUCACUCGAGAGCCUUUCAUCAUCAGAGUUCACUCCCCUUCAACCCUGGUGAAGGAUUUUGUUCUUGUUGGACAACACACAUGUCCUAAGAAUGCAAUGAAAGAGAUUGAGGAACUCUAUGGGGUCUUUACGGAAAUCAGCAAAAAAUGGAAAACACAGAAUGUAAUGUUUCUGGGAGAUCUCAAUGCUGCCUGUAGUUACAUCACAAUCAAGGGCUGGAGAGCCAUCCGGCUGAGGAACGACCCCAAGUUCCAUUGGCUCAUAGGGGAUGAAGCGGACACCACUGUCCGUGAGAACACACACUGUGCUUAUGACAGAAUUGUCGUCCAUGGAAAAGAGCUCUACUAUGGGACUGUUCCUGAGUCUGCUCAACCCUUUAACUUCAAGAAACAAUUCCAUCUCUCUGAGGAGGAGGCUCUGGAGGUCAGUGAUCACUAUCCAGUUGAGGUGGACCUGAAACCCAACCACCGUUAUCUUCUUCGACAUGAGCUCUGAUUCCAAUAGACCAUCGACUAUACCAACAAACCCAUUACAUAUGCUUCAGUACUGU